GACUUGUCCCCCGAAACUAAGUACUCACCGAGAAUACAGUUGAAUGCGAUCAGAGUCCAUAGAAGUGCAGAAGGUUGUGAAAGAACUGCUGUGGCUAUCACUUGGGGAGUUGCUGUCUUCUCUACGACUUCGAAGAAUCUGGUUUUUUGACAGAUUCUCACCCCUGGGGAUGACGUCUGGCCUCUCCUGGAUCGAGAUCUGACACACACUCGUUUACACACUCUUUCUGACUUGCACAUUUCAUAUCUCGUCGCUCGUGCAACCGCUUUCGAAGACCUCUCUCUCCCUCGCUCUGCUCGCAAUGUCUGCGGUAGACUCGCCCAUAACGCCUACCGAUUCCCGGGCUGGGACGAUCCAGCCCGAGUCGACCGUGCCCUCUUCGCCGAUGACCGAGACUACCGAUCAGGACCCGAAAGAUUCCUUAUCCAAGGCGACAGAUGCGGAGACACAUGCAGCUGGAGAGAAAGAGACAGAAGCACGGGAUGGCGAUGCCACAGGGGCGACAGAAGAUGCGGACGAUACGGAAGGCAUGGAUGUUAAGGCAAAGGCCUUGAUGCAUCUUCUCAAGACGAGCUCGGUAUUCGUUGCCAUCAUGUCAGAAAAGAUGAAGAAACAACAGGAAGAGGCCAGACAACGGGCCGCCACCCAGAAACGAGAUGACACCGAUCAAAAGCCCAAGCCAAAGCCCGCCGCGAGUACUCGACGAGAGACUCGGAAUAAAGUCAAAGAGGAACCCACUGCUGAGGAAACUUCUACCGGAAAUGAUCCUGUCGCGAAGCGAAGAGGCCGCUCUCGCAAGAGCGGAGCCAAUGGGAGCACAAUUUCUUGCUACUUUCAAAAAGCCGAUGUCAAAGUCGACGAGGGAAAUCCCACCGUUCAAGAAGCACUUGAGCAGGCAGCGGAGGAUUAUGAGGCCAAUCCGACUGCUCUUGGUGAACAAGAGCUUGUCGCCACCCAGCAGCCAGCUCUGGUAACUGGCGGCAAGAUGCGCACCUACCAAUUGGAGGGUUUGGAGUGGAUGAAGACCCUCUGGAUGAAUGGACUUUGCGGCAUUCUUGCAGAUGAGAUGGGUCUCGGAAAGACCGUUCAGUCUAUUUCAAUGCUUGCUUUCUUGAAGGAGAACAAUGUCUCGGGUCCUUAUCUUAUUGCAGCGCCGCUCAGUACCCUGAGCAAUUGGAUUGACGAGUUCAAGAGAUGGACUCCCGACAUCAAAACUGUUCUUUAUCACGGUACUAAGGAGGAGCGUGCGGCCAUCCGAAAUAAGUAUAUGAAGACGCGUGAUCAGGGAAAGAUGGAUUUCCCAAUCAUCUGUACGUCUUACGACAUUUGCAUCAAUGAUUCCAAGUUCCUUGGACAGUAUCAGUGGAGGUACAUUGUCGUGGAUGAGGGCCAUCGCCUCAAGAACAUGAAUUGCAAGCUCAUCAAAGAAUUAAUGACUUACAACUCUGCUAAUCGAUUGCUCAUUACUGGCACCCCAUUGCAAAACAACAUUUCUGAGCUAUGGUCGCUAUUGCACUUUUUGCUUCCCGAGGUUUUUAAUGAUCUGAAGAGCUUCGAGAGCUGGUUCGACUUCUCAUCUGUCUUGGAUGAUUCGGGCAAGGCAGAAGUCAUCGAGCGCCGAAAGCGCAACUUGGUGACUACCAUGCAUUCCAUCUUGAAGCCGUUCCUUCUGCGGCGUGUCAAGACCGACGUGGAGCACUCUCUGCCGAAGAAGCGAGAGUACAUUCUGUAUGCACCGCUUACUCCUGAACAGAAAGAGCUUUACAGAGAGAUUUUGAGUGGCACUGGACGUCAAUAUCUUGAAGGGAAGGCGUUGGAGCGUUUAACGGCCAAGAGCAAGAGCUCUACUCCUACUCGCUCUCGCAGCCUGAAACGUCGUCGCAGCAGUGAUGCAUCAGAGACGCCCAACAAAAGUCGGCGCACAGCCCGAGACAGUGAACCGGCCAGCGGCACGGCUUCGGCCAGACGGCGCAGAGGUCCUCAGAAUUAUAAAGAUAUCAGCGACCGAGAGUUCAAUUCAAAACUGCGGAAGCUUGAACAAGGAGUCGAGGAGGAAGAAGAGGAGAUAAGUGAGCCCAAUGACACCGAGAUUGAGGAAAUUGAGCGGGCAAACAAUCUCAAACUUGCAAAGAAAGAAAUCAGCCAGAAGAAGAUGAUGAAUCCCAUCAUGCAAGCCCGCCUUGCUUGCAACUCUCCCCACAACUUCUACUGGCCUUGGAUGGACGAAUCCUCAAUGGUGGACGAAACUCUCGUGACUGCAUCCGGCAAGAUGCUUCUCCUUGACCGUCUAGUACCAUAUCUCUUCAAAAAGGGACACAAGAUCCUCAUCUUCUCACAAUUCAAGACACAGCUGGACAUCCUACAAGAUUGGGCUACGCAUUUACGCAAAUGGCCUUGCUGCCGCAUCGACGGCGCAAUCGCCCAGGCCGACCGUCAGGCGCAGAUCAAGGCAUUCAAUACGGACAAGCGUCACAAGAUCUUCUUGCUGAGCACUCGUGCUGGCGGACAAGGCAUUAACCUCGUCGCUGCGGAUACAGUCAUCCUAUUCGACUCUGACUGGAACCCACAACAAGAUCUCCAAGCUCAGGACCGAGCACACCGUAUCGGACAGACCAAGCCCGUGAUCGUGUACAGACUCGCGACGAAGGGUACCGUCGAACAAACUCUUCUUGAGAAAGCAGAUUCCAAGCGCCGCCUUGAGCGUCUCGUCAUCCAGAAGGGCAAAUUCCGAUCUCUCCUCGACACUGGUAGCGCCCAUGACGUCGAAGAACUAAGGAAGGCCCUCGGUGAAGAUGAAUUUGAGCGCUUCGAAACUGGCGCCGAUCCGGCGGCCAUCCUUUCGGAUGCGGAUCUUCAGAUCCUUACGGAUCGGAGCGAGGAGGCUUAUGUCCGUGCCGAAAAGGGUCUCGCACAGAGUGGACCGGCUUUUGUUUCUGUCGAGACUAAGCGUGAUGCUGGCGAGUCUUUGAUGUCCUAAGACUACAUUCAUAUUUUGCGGUUUUCUUUGGUAUGGUCUUCGGCUCAAGCCCGGUGGUCUCUGUUUUAUUCGGGAGCUUUUUACUGUGACUGGGGUCUGUUGCAAAAGGGAUUUGGGCUUUUUUCCAACGGCGUGGGUGGCUUUUUUGGGCUUUUCGCUGAUGUUAUGUCUUUCUCGCUGGAAGUUGCGGCAGUUGAGGGAAUUGCGGCAGUUGGAGGGUUACAUUGUUGUACAAUAGCGGAUUUUAGACUUCUCUAGAGAUGCAUAGCUAAUUCUGUCUUCGCUGACAAUAAGAUAAUUCCAUUAUGCGCCUGGAGCUCCUCGCCAGAACUAUGGCUGUACAUGAAGAUCAACGGUCAAGGGUAAAGAUGUGUAGAAUGAAGCGUGCCAAUAUGAGUGACCAGAAUAUUUCAAUGCUCAGCGUCGAGACCUCUCCUCCUCAAUCUCAUGCCGCAGGUCAGCAAGCACACCUUGCCGCUGAGCAAGGUGAGUCUUCAAACUCUCAACCUGUUCGCCCACGGUCUUCACAUCCUCCCGAGCCCGCUCCAAAUCCUGGCCAUCCUUCGCCCGACCAACACCCUCCCGCAGGUCCCGGAGCUCCCGCUCCUUGUACUCCAACAGCUGAAGCGCCUCCUUCUUGAUCAAGACCCAGUUAGGCCGACCGUCAUUACGCGGCCGAUCCCGUCGAGUCUCGGAUGCUUCGCGGGCAGAUUGCAGCUUAGCCUCCAUCUCAGCAAGCUCGCGGCGUAGUCGGACCUUCUCCCACUCCUCGUCCUGGAUCGUUUCGCUAAAGUCCGUACCCUUGGGUUGAUACGAGCCUUUGCCGCCAACGCCCAACCGGCUCAGAUAGGUAUCGCCGAACUUGGCCUUACGGCCGGUCCUUGUCUCCUGGCUGCCGUCGGCACCCCAGCGCUGUGCGGGACGGUCAUUAUUAUCGAUUUGGUAGUCGAUCUGGUUGCUCUCGAAGGAUGAUCGCAGGGAGGCCGGGAUCGUGCGCGGGAUGCGGAAGCCCUCGUGGCGGUAGUUGAGGAUGUGGAGGAAUGCGAGGGUGGCAUCUUUAUUGAUGGCUUGGGAUGCGGAGGGGUUGACGAGGUUCCAUGCAGAGCGGAUGUCAGUGUCUGGGACAUCGAGGGAUUCGUAGAGUGGUUGUAGGGAUUCAACUGGACAGUCUUUGGUUAGCGGUUCGGUCCGAAAGGGCGCAAGUCUUGCA